AUGGCCCGCUCAGCCCGCGGGAAGAACCCACCGAAAGAAAGGACCAAAAAGACGGCGACGAGUUCGACCCCUGCGGCCGAGAAACCACCGUCACCGCCGCCAGAAAGAAAUCCAGUACCCGCACCAGCCGAAGUUCCACCACAGCCCACGCCGGCCGAAGUUCAACCACAACCGGACAUCUGCCAAAGCAACCCCACCGCCGAAAUUAUCUCCACUGAGGCGAAAUCCGACGACGAAGAUCUAGACGAAGAGGAGGUCAUACAGGAAUUCAUGAAGAAAUAUGGGAAAAAGCCGAAGGCGAGCAAGUUAUUCGCCAAGAUGUCGGAGGCAUGCCGAAAACAAGAAGAGCACAAGCCUUGA